UCUUUUAUGUUUCUCUCUCUAGAGCGAGCGACUCUUGACUCUGACUCCUCCCACUGCUAAAUGCCAAUCACGUGUUGGUAAAACUCGGAAUCUCAUUCCCCAUUCCCAUUCAAUUCAAUCCCGCAACUACGAGAGCCGCGUUUGACGCUCUCAUCCCGCGAGUCUUCGUCUCUUCCACAAUACCUGAAUUGAAUUACAGCUCACCUCCUCAAUCGGAAUCUCUCUCUCUCUCUCUCUCUCUGUGCUGUUGUUGUGGUUUCGUCUCCCUGUGAGCUACCUAUAUCCCCCACUCCAAAAACCACGCCGGACGCCCCACCUCAAUGCUUCCGCGAUCACACACAGGAAAUCUAGGGUUUUUGCGAUAGUCUCCGCCUCUCCUGAUUCGAUUCUUUUCAUGGAAGGAGAAGAUUCUUCUGGUCCGGCUCUAUACAGGUCUUGUAACCAAAGCUGUGACGGAAUUGCGACUGAGCCGAUUGAUGAAGUGGAUGACUCGCGGCUCGUAGGAGUUCCGGCGAUGGUUGACGAUGCCGGCGGUGGGGGAGCUUCUGCUGUCGUGGAUGUGGAGUUGAAGGCGGAGGUCAACGGCGACGGCUGCGGGGGGAAUCGGAAGCGAGGCCGACCGCCAAGGGGUCAGGCCAAACAGCCGCCGGUCAAGAAGAAGAAGGAAGAGGAGGAUGUCUGUUUUAUAUGCUUUGACGGUGGGAGUCUCGUGCUAUGCGAUCGCCGGGGCUGCCCUAAGGCAUACCAUCCAGCUUGUAUUAAGCGGGAUGAGGCAUUCUUUCGAUCGAAGGCUAAAUGGAAUUGCGGUUGGCAUAUAUGCAGUAUCUGCCAUAAGGCUGCUCAUUAUAUGUGCUACACUUGCACAUAUUCAUUGUGCAAGGCAUGCACUAAAGAUGCUGAUUACUUGCGUGUUCGAGAGAACAAAGGAUUUUGUACAACAUGUAUGAGAACUAUUAUGUUGAUUGAAAACAAUGACCAAGGAAAUAAGGAAAUGCUUGGGCAGGCUCAAGUAGAUUUUGAUGACAAGAGUAGUUGGGAAUAUCUUUUCAAGGUGUACUGGAUUUACUUGAAGGAGAAUCUAUCUUUAACACUAGAUGAGCUUACUCAAGCUAAAAAUCCGUGGAAAGCAGCUGGUACUGUAGCUUGUAAGGAGCAAUCUUUGGAUAUGCAUUAUGGUGGUGGUGAUGGCAAAUGUUCUAUUUUGGAUAGCCCUUCUGGACACCUGGAGGCAAAUGAUUCCAAAAGGAGGAGGACAAGACAACAGCCAAAGUUACCUAACUAUGAGGACUCCCUAAGCACUGAUAAAUCAAGUAGUGACAAAGUCACAACUUCAACUGGAUCCACAGAAUGGGCAUCUAAAGAACUCUUGGAUCUUGUUGCACACAUGAAGAAUGGUGAUACGUCUGUGUUAUCUCAGUUUGAUGUACAGGGUCUUUUGCUAGACUAUAUAAAGAGAAACAAUCUUCGUGAUCCGCACCAGAAAAGUCAAAUCAUUUGUGAUUUGAGGCUUAAAACUCUGUUUGGAAAGCCACGUGUGGGUCACAUUGAAAUGUUGAAGCUUCUUGAGUUUCAUUUUCUUAUAAAAGAGGAUUCUCAGAAAGAUGUUAUUCAAGGCAACGUUGUUGAUGCUGUUUUGAGCCAGGUGGAGGGUGGUGGGAACAAUGAGAACCUACUGAUGAUUGGUAAAGAUAAAAAACGAAAAACUCGGAGAAAGGGCGAAGAGAGAGGGUUGCAAACAAAUCUUGAUGAAUAUGCUGCAAUUGAUGUUCACAACAUUAACUUGAUUUAUUUGCGUCGUAAUUUGAUGGAAAGUUUGUUUGCGGAUAAGGAGAAAUUCCACGAUAAGGUCGUUGGCUCAAUUGUACGAAUAAGAAUUUCCAGUAGUGAUCAAAAGCAAGAUAUGUAUAGGCUUGUCCAAGUUGUAGGUACAUGCAAGGCAGCUGUACCUUAUAAAACGGGUGAAAAGACGGCAGAUGUCAUGCUGAAAAUAUUAAACUUGGACAAGAAAGAGACCAUAUCAAUUGAUGGGAUUUCGAACCAAGAGUUCUCUGAGGAUGAAUGCAGACGUCUACGUCAAAGCAUAAAAUGUGGGCUUGUUAAACUGUUGACAGUAGGCCAAGUACGGGAGAAAGCAGUGGCAUUUCAGGAAGUUAGACUGAAUGAUUGGCUGGAAACAGAGGUAUUGCGCCUCAAUCAUCUUCGGGAUCGAGCAAGUGAGAAGGGGCAUAAAAAAGAGCUUAGAGAAUGUGUAGAGAAAUUAGAGCUUCUGAAGACACCUGAGGAACGUCAACGCAGGCUGCAAGAGAUUCCUGAGGUACAUGCUGAUCCUACUAUGGAUUCAAAUUGUGAAUCUGACGAGGAUGCUGGAGAAGUUAACAACAAGAAACAAGAUGAAUAUGUGAAACCAAGAUUUUCUGGAUUCCGCAGAAAUGGGAGGGAGCCAAUCUCUCCUCGAAAUGGAGAUAUUUCAAAUGAUACUGGCAAUAGGGCGUGGAAAAAGUUAACUACCUGUGGCCAAAGUAGAAGCAUGUCUACUAAAUUUUUUGGGGACAAAGCAGCUCUGGGCAGGGUUGUAGAGAGAGUGAAUAAAUUCUCCUGGCAUGAGGGAAAAGAUGCAUGUCGAUCGAAUAGUUCGGAGAAACCAGGAAACCAGGUUGACUCCUCUGGUUCGGUGGUUGGAGGUUGGAACAAUCAAGCUGCACUGAGGUCUGGAUCUUUUCCUGGGGCUGCAUCAGAAAUUUCUGUUGCAUCUCUCUCUACUGGGAGUGCACCAUCUGAAAAUGAUAGCGAAACAGAAAAGUUGUGGCACUACCAGGACCCACAUGGAAAAAUUCAAGGUCCAUUUUGUAUGGUGCAGUUGCGCAAGUGGGAUACAACUGGAUACUUCCCACCUGAUAUGAGGAUAUGGAGUAUAAAUGAUAAAGAAGUUGACUCUUUACUCUUGACUGAUGUAUUGAACGGAAAGUUCCAUAAAGUCUUUCCAUUGCGGGACAACAUCUCUUUACAAUCUCAGGAAGUUAAAGGUCCCUCUGAUAGUAGAUUAUAUUUCUGUGAUGAUAGACGAAGCGGCAGUAUGAAUACCAUCUCCCAUUCUAAUGGUAACAAUGAAUUUGUAAAGGGGAAUGGCUCUCAUUCCUGGAUAACAACUGUUGUUAAUAACAAUGAUGUACAAACUGGAAGUUCUUCUCAUUGCGGGGACUCAGUAAAGGUUAACGAUUCUUAUUCUGACAAGCCCCAAGUGCAUUAUCCAGUAACCUCACCCAAAUUUACAGAGUGUCAGAAUGACGUUUCUGUGCAUCAAGAGAAGGGUGAGGAGGGCAAAAGAUGGACCUCUGGUUCAAAUCAUGGAAGUUGGAGUUCACAUGGAAAUUCAAUAUUUCAGACUGCUGGUGGCCACAGUCAUGAGAACCAACCUGAUAGUCAGGGCUAUUCAGGCCUACCUGUAAAUGUUUCUUCAAACGACUGUGAAAUCAACAUCCCAAAUCUACCUAGUCCAACACCACAGACUUGCAAUGGGGAUUUGGAAGCUCAGACUACUAAAGACCAGCAGUCUCUGCCAUCAAAUAUUCCUGUUCAAGAAUCAGGUAUCGAUAACCUGCCAAGUCCCACACCAAAGCCGAGUGAUCCGGACGAGAAAGCUGAUUCAAGUAUUCAGCAUGGGACAAGUCCCCCACCAGAGCGAAUGGAUGAGGACUUCAAUGUGGAUUCUACUGUCCAGAAUCUACCAAGUCCCUCGCCAAAGCCAAGGGAUGGGGAUGAGAAAGUUCAGGCUAUUGAAAACAAGCAGUCUGUCUCGUCAUAUUUGCCCGUCCAAGAUUCUGGCCCUAGCUGGAGCAGUGGUUCCAGUCUGGUGGUGAGUGGUGGGACACAAGCUCCUGAUGAAUGGGGUGGAUAUUCUCCUACUCGUGCAAAACCUUGUGUCGAGGAAUGGGAUUCGGGUCUCGUGUCGUCUUCUUUGAAACCGCCGGAUGUAGCCAACAAUGAUCACGCUGCCACUCCAACUUCUAAGUAUGACCAACUUACCCCUCCUUCCCCAUCGCAUCCUGCAACAAAUGCAUCUAGUUGGCAAGUGAUUGAUCACGAACUCAUCGAGUUUAGCACUCUGGAUGAAGAAUCAGUCUCAGAUCUGUUGGCUGAAGUUGAUGCAAUGGAGUCUCAAUGUGGCGUGGGUUCUCCUACUUCAGUGAUGUACUCUGCCGAGGAAUUGUUUGAGGAUUCUAAAAAUGAUUGUUUUACUUCCAUUAGCGGAUUGAGCCCUCCACUUGAUUCAGGAAAAAGUGAUGCUCUGAGUUCCACUGGGGAUAUUCAUAUACCGUUAUGUCAUCAAUCUACCAUGACAGACGAACCACUUGUGGCAUCUCAGGCUGAUGUCCUUGAUCCUGUAAAAAGACCUGGUGGGCAAUCCUCCACGAGCGUUGAAGUGGAGGUAGAAACACAGCCCACUGAUAUUUCAGCUAAUCAAUCAGAAUCUGGUUCGAACAGCCAGCUUCCUGCAUCAUCCCCCUUGAGUCAGGAUAUGAUCGAUUCAGACACUGAUCACAUAGCAGGGCCAACUGACUGGGGAACAAUGCAAGGGAAUAUGAACUUGGGUUUGGGAGGAUUGUCUCAAGGAAUGACGAACAUGGGUUGGGGAAAUGACAUGAACCGGAGCACUUCAGCUGGAUUUAUGUGGUGGGAGAGCCAGAACCAGCCGAAAUAUGGUGGGGAGAGAUUAAUUGGUACGAGAGAUUGGAAUUUUCAGAGUGGUGAUUCAGGGUUUGACAAGGGUAGGCCAUUGUGGAGUAGGCAGUCAUCAUAUGGAGCUGGCGUAGCCGUAGGCAUAGGCAUAGGCGGCGGUGGAAGUUACUCUAGGCCUUCUCCAAAAGGGCAGCGAGUAUGUAAAUUUUACGGGAGUGGACAUUGCAAGAAAGGAGCAUUUUGCAGCUAUCUGCACCCAUCAUGAUGAGAAUUCUUGCCUGGCCAUCUGGUGCAUUCAAAUUACUGUACAAUCAAUUUUUUCUAGAAGAAAAACUUUUAUUAAUAUGUUACUGAUGUUCUUGUAGUGUAACUGAAAAUUUAUUAGUGAUAGUGACAUAAUACAGAAUUUCCCUCCAAGUAGGUAGGCUGUUUUUUGCAGUGUAUAUCAUAUGGUUGGGUGGAUUUAAUUGCAUUUGUUGAAGAACAAGCUAUAUUGAUGUAAGGAACAUUCUUGAUGUGUUUGACAAAGCUUUUAUUGUCUUCCUUGAGCU